AUUCUGAAACCAGUUCCGUAUUCAGCGCUACUUUAAUGUAACGUCGGUGCGCACACCAUACAGCGUGUAGGUUGUAUAAUUAUCAGAUAAGAUCACACCAUCUCGACCAUGGAGCCUUGAACUGGAAGACACCCACAGCACCACAGAGAUGAAAAUGCAGCACACUUGAUAUCUCCCUGGAGGGGAAACCUGAAUUAAGAUGAAGCGACUGAAGGGGAAAACCCAACAGUGUGGAGCAUUGCAGAAAGUCCUGUGAACACUGACCUCCAGCUCCCAUCAUUCCUUUCCCCCAAAUACACAACACUCCCAUUCAUCACCACUCCUGCUCUGGUCCAAGAUGACCUCACCGAGAAAGCACCUGGUCAAGGAUUUCAACCACUUUAUCACAUGCUACGUGUGCAAAGGAUACCUGAUCAAGCCCACCACGGUGACCGAGUGCCUGCAUACCUUUUGUAAAAGUUGCAUCGUCCAACACUUUGAAGACAGCAACGACUGCCCCAAAUGUGGCAUCCAAGUCCAUGAAACCAACCCUCGAGAGAUGUUAAGGUUGGACAACACUUUAGAGGAAAUCAUUUUCAAACUCGUUCCUGGGCUAAGAGAAAAAGAACAACAGCAGGAGAUUGAGUUCUGGAGGAGUCGAAAGUGGAAGGAGAAUGGAGAAGAAGACGGCCCCCGAUCGAAGAGAUCCAGGCUGGAUGACGAUGAUGAUGGUGGUGGGGAUGGAGACUACCACAGGAGUGACCCGCAGAUAGCCAUCUGUCUUGACUGUCUACGCAACAGCAGCCUAGUGGGAGAGAACGUUGUUAAGGGUUUAAUGAAGAAAUUUAUACGCUGCUCGACUCGAGUGACAGUCGGAACAAUCAAGAAGUUUCUCAGCUUGAAGUUAAAGCUUCCAAGUUCUUAUGAGCUAGACGUCCUAUGCAACGGGGAGAUUAUGGGAAAAGACCACACCAUGGAGUUCAUCUACAUGACGCGGUGGAGACUUCGCGGUGAAACCGCCUACCCAAUGGUACUAGAAUAUCGGCCACGGAUAGACUUUGGUUGACGGAGAGAGACGUGGGACUACUCCUGCACUAACAGCCCAUUGACAGACUACACAAUGAAUGGAUGUGCCUGGCACAAGAGACAAGGACCACGUCUUCCUAUCAUCUGCAUGCAGUAGUCCGUUAUUACCUCUAAUCUCAUUCUGUUCUUGUAUGUUAUCUUCCAGUUUCACAGAUAUCUUUCUAAAGCGCAACAAGGGUUUAAGAACAUGCCUGCAUAUCAUGGCGUAUUAAUGCUUGGAAAUGUACCAAAAUGUAAUUGUCUGAAGACCUGCCGUUGGUCCACAUCACUCGAAAGUAUUCAGAAUAAUACAAAGUGAAAUGACUAGUAAUCCACUGUUACGCAACACAAAGAUAUUCCAAGACAAAGUUGUACACUGGCAAACGGCCCAUAAUAUUUCCCCCUAUCUCCUAUCUAUGCUGGAUUUAGUGUCUUACUCUCCCCUCUCCCCUUACUUCUGUUUUUAAUCAUUGAAGGGGGAAUCAGCAGUUGCAACAUCCAUUUUUGGCCAUAUAAAUGAACCAUAUAUACCCAUUGAUUCUUGAAGAAUAUAACUUAUAAAUGCCUCACGAGCUUAGUUCAACUGUCGUACCCAAUCUGAACCCAAAAUAUAAGCUUGUUUUACUCCAAUGUAAAUGUAAACAAACCGUAUAUAUCCUCAAAACAUGGUUAAAACUAUAAUUGUAAUAUCAUGGAAGGUCAGUUCUUGCAUCCAUAGCUCUUUGAGAGUGGUUGCAUUUCUCCAGCCCCAUCCUUAGCUUUUAUUGAAAUAGGGACGGGGGAAUAGGCUUUGUUAUUGUUUCUACUAAUGAUUGCCGCUUUAACUAUGGUAGUGCCUUUCCCCACGUGUCUCUCAGUGGAGUGCAAAAUCCAAACUGCUCUUCAUAUCAAAUUCCUUGUUUUUAUUUAUUUUUUACCUUUAUUUAACUAGGCAAGUCAGUUAAGAACAAAUUCUUAUUUUCAAUGACGGAACAGUGGGUUAACUUCCUGUUCAGGGGCAGAAUGACAGAUUUGUACCUUGUCAGCUCGGGGGUUUGAACUUACAACCUGAAUGGGGCUACCCUGCCACCCCAUUCAGCCUAGCGGAGUCAAAAGCCCCAUGUUAUAGCUUAUGGGUCAUUCUACAGAAAAUGUGCAAAUCGGGGGCUGAAUUUUUGUAAGAAUUUGUAUCCUAUAUUUUUUCCCCACACUUGUCUUCCAACAUAUGUCAGGUAGACCUACUGUAUAAGCUACUUGUACACUUUGUAUGUCAUAUUUGACAUGUAUUCCUUACCACCCUACUAAAUAUGUAACUAUGGAAACAUAGUGAACAAGUUGCGGUAAAGGGAGAACCAUGCACAGUAGUGAUCAUUUUGAUUAACGUACUACAGAUUUAAUUUGCAUAACAAAAUAGUAAAACAUAAAUAUAAUCUUGUUUGUUCUCUGUGAAAUGUUGAUUGGUUGAAUUACUUCUGCAUCUAAUUUUAAUUGUGUUUUUAGUUGUUUAAAUGAUCACUUUAGCUAUCUUUAUUUUGGCAAAAUACCAGGUGUUUCUGUGUCAAGUGUCAAUCAUAGAGAUCCAUGGAGCGAACAGACUAGGUGGCUAUAACCCUGAAUUUAUGUGGGUUUUGAGUUCAUGAGCCCUUUAAUAAAUUGUAAGAAACUCAAGUAGGAUGAAUUUGAGUACAUUAUAGUAGGGUACAGUAUAGCACAUAUAGGUGUCUAUGUUUUGGCCAAAUGUCAGUGUUUUGGCUCUUGGAGGGUUGGAGCCCUCCUCCUGGCCAUGCAUCUUAAUACUUGACACUUUUUCCUGAAGUGUGCACUUGUCCACUACCCACAUGGUGGUCCUCUCUUCCUCAGUUGGUAGCGCAUGACGCAUAAAACCUUUACAUGGAGACAGCCUCACUGGUGCUGUCACAGAUACCAUGAUGGCACAGACACAAAGAUGAGAACUCUAUUUAUCUGUAUGGUGUCAAUUAUUUUGGUCGUAACCGUUUUGGUUUGGACAAUUUUGACACAUUUUGGACUUUAAAGAAUUGCCAUAGCUAACAUAUAGCUGGCUAUCUUUCAUUUGGGCAGAUGUACAUCGCAUAACCGUGCUUUACAUAUUAAUUGAUUAUACUAGAUGUUCGGCAGUGACACUGCUUAAAAAUACAUGAAGACUUACUUGCUCACUCGUUUUCUCUAAAAUGUGUGCGGACAGACUACUCACCAUAUGGUCAUGCUGGAGAGGGGUGGGCUAAGACACUGCAUUUCAAUACAAGAGGUGUCACUGCAGUAGCUGGCUUGAAUCCAGGCUGCAUCACAUCCGGCCGUAAUUGGGAAUCCCGUAGGGCGGUGCACAAUUAGCCCAGCGUCGUUAGGGUUUGACCGGGGUAGGCCAUCAUUGUAAAUAAUAAUUUGUUCUUAACUGACUUGCCUAGUUAAAUAAAGGUUUUUUAAAAAGAUUAUAAAAAUAAUCACCUGGUGAUAUUUGUAGGGGUGUGGCUUAAGGCGCAUUCAUUCUACAGUCUUUAAAUGUGUGUUUCAGUAGUGCCAUCAACAGGAGGGACAGCAUUUAUUUGAAAAAUAAAUGUUAAAUUAAACAAAACUACAAAUUAGAUCAGUAUCUUUCAAUGUAAUAAUAUAACUCGAGAUGUUCUAUUCAAAUUGUAGCAAAAAAAAUGUGCUUUAUUUUCAAACAUGGAGUUUAAGGAGUCAGGGUUUGGGACAACACAUCUUAAUAGAAAUAGCUGUAUAAACAAUGACUGUACUAAAUUGUUUUGCCUUGGAUUGAAUUAGAAAAUAUCAUGAUGUAAAUAAAUGUCCUAGGUUUGGAGACUUAACUGUUUAAAAAAUAUAUUUUGGGGGAUGGGACUUCAAUUUGCACCACUUCUGUAGAAUCGCCCAUAUACAAGUACAAGGAAGCUAUGGCUGCCUACCAUAUCCCUAUCUAAAAAUGAGUUAUAUUCUUCCUUUCAAUGCCAUUUUGAUGUUAUUACCACAUAUAAUGCAAUAUGAGUACUGUAAGACUAGAUUUGCUGGAAGAAGGUUAGAAAAAGCGGAGUAUUGCCAACACUGUCUGAAAUGUGUAGCUGUCUGUUUGUGCACUAUGUAAAACGUAUUGGGCAUUAUGGUUCACUUGUACAUAGUGGAGAUUUGUUUAGACUGUUUACUACUAUACUGGAAGUCCUACUGGAUGGCUUAACAUUAAUCUAUUAUCACUGCCCUAUAAAAACUGUCCAGGCUGGCGUGAUAGGGUCCCGCCAUAACCCUCACCAUUUGUUUCUGAUGAUGGAUCAUUAGACAAAUGUUUUAAAGGCUUUUUCCCUUUCACAUACCAUUUAUCUUUUUCUCACUCUCCUCGAAACACCAAAGAAUAAAAUCAGACAUAGCAGUGGUUGUAUUUUAUCUGUUCAAGUUUGACAGAGAUAUUAUAAUCCUAACGUAGACAAAUGUUUGGGGGGACAACUGAAUGCAUAAAACCGAGAUGUACAUAGACAAAUGUUGAGGGUACUGAAGUCAUCUUGGUAGGAAACAAAAUGUGGAGUGCAAUUUGCCAAUGUAUUGGUUCUUUGCAUACAGUAGAUCUCUGACAAUAAUACGUUUAUGUUCAUUUGCAGUUAUGUGAGAGAACCACUCAAUGGACAGAUUGGACACAUUUCUGGCAGCCCCUAAAAGUACAAGUCUUUACAAAUUUCCACAAGUAAAAGUUGUAGUUGAAGCCUACUCUUAGAAAAUGGGGCUCCAAAAGGGUUCUACCUGGAACCAAAAGGGUUCUACCUGGAACCAAAAGGAUUCUACCUGGAAUCAAAAAGGGUUCUUCAAAGGGUUCUCUUAUGUGGACAGCCGAAGAACCCUUUUAGGUUCUCGAUAGCACCUUUUUUUCUAAGUGUGCCGAGCAUUCUUGUGUACUUUCCUGUUUCACACAUGCUUUUUCCUGUUUGAAAUGGUAUCUCUUAUUUUCCCAAAAAACCCACCUGUAGUGGUUUUAAAAGUCAGCAAAGUAAAUGUUUAGACUGAAUAAUUCUUGAAAUGUCCCUGUGCUGCAAUGAACAAUAUGUAUUUUUGUAACAAGAAGAACUUGUAGAUAUUUUCUUUAAAAAUGAAAUUGUAUGUUGUAUAUUUAACAGACUUAAAAUGCUGCUUAGAAUAAUCUAUUCUAUUUUUCAAUGUCAAUGUGCCUGAUAAGCAUUCCUAGAGAGAUUAGAACUGUACAUAUGCAAGAGCUGCUCUAUAUGUGACAUGACAAAAAUACCAAAAUACAGAACUCAUUGAAUUAA